GGAACCGGCGAUGCUGCUCUUCUGCCCGGCCUGCGGGAACGUGCUGGUGGCCGAGGAGGGGCCGCGCUGCCACCGCUUCGCCUGCACCACCUGUCCCUACGUGCGCAACGUCACGCGGAAGGUGACGAGCAGGAAGUACCCGCGGCUGAAGGAGGUGGACGAUGUGCUGGGCGGCGCCGCGGCCUGGGAGAACGUGGACUCCACGGCAGAGCCGUGCCCCAAGUGCGAGCACCCCCGCGCCUACUUCAUGCAGAUCCAGACGCGCUCGGCCGACGAGCCCAUGACCACGUUCUACAAGUGCUGCAACCCGCAGUGCGGGCACCGCUGGCGGGACUGAGGGGCCGCGGGGACGCUGCUGCUGCUCCUGCAAUAAACGCGGCACUGCGGGCAAGCGAG